CACUAUGUGACAGCCGCCCGGCCUCGUAGCGCUGGCGAGUGGCGGCCGCGUCGCGUUGGGUAGGUCCCCAGCUCAGCCUCAGCCUCCGCCUCGGCGACUGCCUCUCGCCCUCCGCCGCUCGGCCCGGCCCUGGCUCCCGCUCCUGCGCUGGCGAGCUUCCUCGCGUCGCCUCCGUGCCGCCGCCGCCCGGGGAGCCGCGGUGGAUCUGAAGCCGUUUUAGGCAGUAGAGUCUCAAAUCCAUGAUUUUACUGGUGACCUGCUAAGACAUUCCUUGUCUACUUUCUCCGAAGUGGAGAACAAAAUGAAUGAGUGUUCAGAACUGGCUUCUGACCAUCAUGAUGGCACUGAAGGUCAGAGGACACCACGGCCAAACGCAGCCACCCUCCAGGAAGACAUCGAGAUGAGCAGCGGGUCAAGUGGAAAUGAGACCAAUGAGAAUGACUUCAGUGGGCGGGAGUCUCCUGGCUCUGAUGAAAACGGGAAAGAUUCCGCCAUGUUGGUGGAAUCCUCCGAGAGCCACAAGAGCAGUUCAAAUGCUUUUAGCCUGAUGAUUGUCAACUCUGACCACAAUCCAUCCACCAGUGGAUGCAGCAGUGAACAGUCAGCCAAAGCCAAGACUCAAAAAGAAUUGAUCAAAACACUGAAAGAGCUGAAAGGCCACCUUCCUCCCGACAGGAAGACCAAAGGCAAGCCCAGCAUGUUGGCCACCUUGAAGUACGCCCUCAGGAGCAUUAAACAGAUCAAAGCUAAUGAAGAGUACUAUCAGCUCUUAAUGACCAGUGAAAACCAUUCGGCCGACCUGGAUGUGCCUUCUUACACGGUGAAGGAAAUCGAGAUGCUGACGUCAGAAUACAUCGUGAAGAACGUGGAUAUGUUUGCUAUGGCCGUUUCCUUGGUUACGGGAAAGAUCGUGUAUGUCUCUGAUCAGGCCGCGUCAAUUCUUCCCUGUAAGAAAGACGCGUUUCACGACGCCAAGUUUGUGGAGUUCCUGGCACCCCAUGAUGUGAGCGUGUUCCACAGCUCCACAGCCCCGUCCCGACUCCCAGCCUGGAGUGUUUGCCGCAGAGCUGAUUCUUCCGCCCAGGAUUACAUGGAGGAGAAAUCUUUCUUCUGUCGCAUCAGUGGUGGCAAAGACCACGAAAAUGUCAUCCGCUAUCACCCAUUCCGCAUGACUCCUUACCUUGCCAGAAUACAGGAGAAACACAACACAGAAACUCAGCUUUGCUGUGUUUUGCUUGCAGAGAAGGUGCACUCUGGUUACGAAGCACCCAGGAUUCCACCCGAUAAGAGAAUCUUCACAACGACGCACACCCCAAACUGUUUGUUUCAAGAGGUAGAUGAAAGGGCGGUUCCUCUCUUGGGCUACCUACCUCAGGACCUGAUUGGCACACCCAUUCUGGUGCAUCUUCACCCACGGGACAGACCCCUCAUGCUGGCUAUUCACAAAAAAAUCCUACAAUAUGGCGGACAGCCUUUUGACUACUCUCCAAUUAGAUUCUGCACUCGGAACGGAGAGUACAUAACAAUGGACACCAGCUGGUCCAGUUUCAUCAAUCCUUGGAACAGAAAAGUUUCAUUUAUAAUUGGAAGACAUAAAGUGAGGACGGGGCCUUUGAAUGAAGAUGUCUUUGCCGCUCACUCCUGCAUGGGAGAGAAAACCCCUCACCCCAGCAUCCAGGAGAUCACACAGGAGAUAUAUAGGUUGCUGCUGCAGCCUGUCCACAACAGUGGCUCCAGCGGCUACGGCAGCCUGGGUAGUAAUGGCUCCCAUGAACACUUAAUGAGUCAGACGUCCUCCAGUGAUAGCAACGGCCAACUCCAUGAGGAUGCACGGAAGAGGAAGCCCAAUACCCGGAAAGGGGUUUGUAAAGAUGCCCAGAAGAUCCCAAGCAAAAGUGCCCUUGUGUAUGAGAAUGGAGAAGAAAUGCGGAAGCCCGCUGCAGAAAGUCAGAACAGUCCGAAUGCCCAAACCAGAGAGAUCUUGGCCAUGGAGAGGGGCGGUCUGGGCCCCAGCUUGCAGAAGAGUGUCAUUGCCGAGGAACUGGCCUGUCGGAGCCAGUCCGUGUACUCCUAUCAGCAGAUAAGCUGCUUAGACAGUGUCAUUAGGUACUUGGAGAGCUGCAGUGUGGCCGGGCCCCUGAAGAGGAAGUGUGAGUCCCUGCCUGGUACCACACCACCGCUCUUGGAGGAUGAGCAGAAGCCCCCCACGGAGCCAGGGCAGCCCCCCUCCGCAGAGGAGACAUCGAUGGUGAAAGUUCCCCUAAAUCCUGCUGUCCUGAAGACAUCCAAAGCAAAUGCCCACCCAGUCGUUGGCGCUCACUUGACUUCCUUGGCGCUCCCUGGCAAAGCCGAGAGUGUGGUGUCCUUCACCAGCCAAUGCAGCUACAGCAGCACGCUGGUGCACGUUGGGGACAAGAAGCUCCAGCCUGAGUCAGAGAUGAUCGAGGACCCCGCCAGUGGGAUGGAGUCACUGGACAGUGCAGCUGCCCCAUCUUCUCACUGUGACUCCAGCCCGGACAAGGGGCCCCCCAAGAAGGUGGGACUGACCAAGGAGGUGCUCGCGGUCCACACACAGAAAGAAGAGCAGAGCUUCCUGCACAGAUUCAAGGAGACAAGAAGACUCAGCACAUUCCAGUCUCGUUGCCAUUAUUAUCUUCAGGAGAGAUCCAAGGGGCGUCCCGGCGAGCGUGCUGUUCGAGGACUAAGAACUAGUAUUUCUGGAAUGGAUUCAUCUUGGAAAAAAAAUGGAAAGAACCGAAAACAGAAGUCCAAGCGAAUUAAGCCCCACGAGUCAUCUGAUAGCACGACUUCGGGUACAAACGUUCCUCCUCGGUCACCACUGGUCGGCCUGAACUCCACGGCCUGGUCGCCAUCGGAUACUUCACAGGCCAGUUGUCCUCCAGCCUCGUUUCCUACAGUGGUGCCCGCAUACCCUCUGCCUGUUUUUCCAUCGCCAGGAGUCGUCCCAGCCUCUGGAAAUGUCUCCUCGACUCCCCAGGCCCCCCAGGCUCAUUUGAACGAUUCGGGGAACCCCCAGAAUUAUAUUUCACUGCAGCCACCAGCAUUCACCGCCCCCCUGACUCCUGUCAUGGCAGUUGUGUUACCCACUUACACGUUCCCUCCAGUGACCCCUAAUGGGCACCCAUCCUUCUACUCUGGCCAGAGCAACUGCCCCCAGCAUCCCGCAUGCUCAACACAAAUGGUGUUUGCAGCCCAGCCCGAGUUCCCUGUGCAAGCUUCCUUCUCAUCACAGACAUUGUGCCCAACACAGUCAUUUCAUUACCAGUCAGGGGAAAGGGAAAGGCCUCCAGCCCCUGGGGCCCCCGAGGGGCCAUCUCGAUCCUCCACGCCCCAGUCAACGGGAAGACAAGACCAAGCUUCACCACCAUUAUUUCAGUCACGGUGUAGUUCCCCCUUACAGCUAAAUCUGCUCCAAUUGGAAGAAACACCCAAGGCUGCGGAGAGCACAGUGGCGGCUGUUUCUGGAUCCUUGGGGGGACGUGGCCUGUUGAGUGAGGGGCCAAAUAAUAAACCAGUCGAGUUUGAAGAUGGCAAAAGGCCCACCCCUCGCCGAGUUGACUCGCCCAUGGAUGCCCACCAUAGUGACGCCCUUUCCUUGUCCAGUGACUUCCUUGAGAUCUUGCUGGCGGAGGACGGGUGCUCCGCCACUGGGUCGGCUUCCUCUGGGAGUGGCGCGUCGGCCGCCUCUGAGUCUCUGGGGUCCGGCUCGCUUGGCUGCAGUGCAUCCAGAACUGGAACAGGCAGCAGCGAAACGAGCCACACGAGCAAAUACUUUGGGAGUGUCGACUCCUCUGAGAACAGUCAUCGAGCCAAACUCAGCGCGGGCCUCCCAGAGAGUGAGCACUUCCUGAAGUGUGUCCUUCAGGACCCCAUCUGGCUGCUGAUGGCAAACACCGACAAUGACAUCAUGAUGACCUAUCAGCUGCCUUCCCGAAAUCUAGAAACCGUUUUGAAGGAGGAUCGAGAAAAGCUGAAGUUAAUGCAGAAAUUCCAGCCCAAGUUUGCGGAUGAGCAGAAGCGAGAGCUGCACGAAGUCCACACGUGGAUGCCCAGGGGAGGGCUGCCCAGGGCACUCAACCUGGCUGAGUGUCCUGACUGUGAGGGCAGCCGGAGAGACCGUGUCGAUGAGCCGUAUGAUGAGGACGUCCCAGCGAUGGACCUCAGCGAAAUGAUGGAGACCCAGGGUGAGAAGAGCAUGUGCCCCGCACCCUGUGGGACCAAAGAGGAGACCUAGCCCUGCAACCCACCCUGGGUACCUGGGGGCCAGCGGCCGCAGGCGGUGGUGCUUGAGAGGGUGAAGACAGCUGGAAAUUUGGUUCUAGUCAAACAAGUUACUCGUGUCAGCUUUCUUGUCUAAAGGAAUCAAUGUGAAAAUCGAUGAGAUUCACCUGCUGUCGACGGUUUGAGGGAAGGGGCUUCAGGUUUGCAGCCCUUAAUUCAGCAGAUGCUGUCCAAUAAUUCUGCAGAGUGGAUGACAUCGCUUACCCUGGCUCGUCUCUUUUGCCAGCUGAGUGUGUGACCCCCGUCUCCAGGGAGUUUCCAGGAACUCCCCCCUUUCCCGGUUUGUGAUGAUGCUUUGACACCCCUCUGAGGACAUGUUAAAGACACGAGUGGGAGGUCAUUCAAAGCUUGCUGUGUAACAGUUAUUAAGUUUUUAUUAAUAUUUGAGAAAAUUGUUCAGGGCUGUCAAAAUGUCCAGCCCCCAAUUUUGUCUUUAUUUAUUGAGCUUCUAUUUAAAUUAUAAUUUAGUCAUAGUAAAAAAAAAAAAAGUUAAAAAAAAUAAGGAUGGCAGAGAGAGCAAACCAGGCCUCUUCUUACCUGACGACCGCCUGAGCUUCAGCAGCAUGAUCGAGGACGAGGGGCAGGGCGGUCAGUGGUGAGGCGGCAGCUCUGGGGUCUGCUCCUAUAAAGGACAAACAGAAAAAUGAUGAGCUCUGGGAGAGUCUGGGGAGGUAACGUCACUGGUGGCCUCGCCCAGCCGUGGACAUGGAUGGAACUGUUCUUGAUCCAGCUCCGGCAGGGCCAACACUUAGGGGGCUUGGAGGCAGCCAGGGCCAGCCGCUGGCCCCACUGAGCCCUCUUCCCCAGUGUCGCUCGUGGUUGUGGUGGUCGUGGCUGCUCUCUCUCUGCUGCUUCAGUGUCUCAUUUUCGUCAGCCGUUCUCUUCAUGUACUUAACCCUAUGGAACCUGCUUACAGUGAGAAUUAAUUACUGAAAUACCAGGAACCAAGAUUCUCUAGACCCUUUGUGCUGUGACCAUUGCCCAGCGGCCUGGCCAGCCCCGUCAGGUCCCCACCCCUGCUUCCUAGGCCCCACGUCAGACUGGCUGCCUCUUUGGGCCUGUAGAUUGUUCUGACCUUUGGGAGGCCUUGCAGAGACCCAGCUAUUUGAUGAUGCUCCGCAGAACUUGGGAAGCAUCUGGAACUCAGACAGUUUGAAAGAACAGUAACAGCCCCUUGUGUGGUGGGAAAGCGUCACUGCUAAAACAAGUCACGAAUAGUCGGCUUUGGGUUGGACUCCGCUGGGGAUGAGGAAGGAGUUUGGCCUUGUUUUCUCCUGGAUGGCCUUUAAUUUUAAAAAAGAAAAACGACUUUCAUGCUUAGGAAGACCAGGAGGGUUUUUUCAGUCCCAUGUCGAAGGUCCUUUUUAUAGUCAAUUCACUUUAGUCUUAAAAAAACAACAAACAAACCCUUCUGCUGCCACAUCCGGCAUGAAAAUGAGUCUAAAGAAUAUUCCCAUCCUUCCACUCCUGAAGCCAGGCUUGCCUUGGGGUCGCAGCAGCUUUCUGUGUCUCCCUCUCAAGUCGCAUGUUGGUUAGUCAGUGUCCUGAGACCAGGCCACACGUGCACACACACACACACACACACACGCAUGCACGCACGCACGCAUGCGCUCACACAUAUGCAUGCACACACGCAGAUUCUCACACAUAUGUGUGUGCAUGCACACUUGCAGAUGCACACACAUGUACGUGCGCGCGCAUGCACACACAGACGCACUUUCCAGAGGGUUUCUUCAAUCUCACUAUUAGGGGCUUCUUUCUCAUCUGCAUUUUUCUGUCCUUCUGUCCAGGCAGUGAAUGUUCUUGCCUAUGCUUUCACAAAGUGUCAGGGACUGGAACUCUUUGGGCCCUUUUGGGGCUAUCUUUCUACAGUGUCAAGGCUUAAGCCCGGCCUCUUUUUCUGUGAAGUGGACAGACAGACGGAUGCACACGCACACCCGGCUGCCGGAAAAUGUCCACCACCAUUUGAAAGCUGAGCCUCUGUCCAAGGUUUCUAAAUGUGUGUGUUGGUCUUUAUUUAAAUUCCAUGUGAUGCCUUGUUUUGGAGCCUUCGUGGACAAACACGAAGAUUCUGAGCUCACUGUUUGUGGCUACUUUUUAUGACUUUUUUGCCUUUUAGAAAAUUGGCUAAAUAAAGUAAAUAUAUUUUU